AUGAAGUCGACUUUGGUGGUUUCAUGCCUGGCUGUGGCUGCAUCUGCCGCGCAUGUUGUCAACCAGACUACAUGUGCCGGUACGACGUACAAGUAUACCGGCCUGGCGGGCUAUGGAUUCAUUCCAGCCAACGCGACUGAUAAAUACGGUGACACGAUUGGCGGCAUUGGUAGCUCUGUUGCUAUUGAUCAGUCAUCCUGGCACAAGAAAAAUGGUGCCUAUCAUGGCACGGCUUGGGCCAUCCCUGACCGCGGCUGGAACACAAAUGGUACUCUCAAUUUCCAAAGUCGCAUCCAUAAGAUCGCAGUCACGCUCAAGCUUGCUACCCAUGCGACGCUCGAGAACCCCUCUGACCCCAACAUUCAGCUGGAAUAUCUCGACACGAUCCUCUUGACUGGACCGGACGGCGAGCCAACCACUGGCCUAGAUGCUGAUAUCACCGGCUACGGCUCCUACAAGGGCUUCCCACCUCUUCCUGUGGCAACCUACACAGGAAAUGGAUUUGGCGGCGCCGGGAAAGGCGGACGUCGAAUCUCCGUCGACGCAGAAGGCCUGGCACUUGCUCGAGAUGGCGGGUUUUGGGUAUCCGAUGAGUACGGCCCAUACAUUUACAAGUUCAGCGCCAAGGGUAAGAUGGAGCUCGCGAUCCAACCCCCACAAGCAUACCUCCCCCGCCGCAACGAAACCCUCAGCUUCAACUCAGACACGCCGCCUCUAUACGACCCUUCGGAAGUCCCAAACCCCGAGGACACUACUACAGGCCGGGCAAACAACCAAGGUCUCGAAGGAUUGACCAUCUCCCCCGAUGGAAAGACCCUAUACGCGCUCAUGCAGUCCGCUCUCGACCAAGAGGGCGGACCGGACAAGCAAACAAAACAACCUGCUCGCAUGCUCGCGUAUGAUAUCUCCGGCAAAAAGCCCAAGUACAUCCACGAAUGGGUCGUAAUGCUCCCCAAGUACUUCGACUACACCUCAUCUCACGCCAGUAAAGCAAACAAAGUUGCCGCACAGUCUGAAAUUCACCAACUCCCGUCAGGCGACUUCCUAGUGCUCGCGCGCGACUCCGGCUUCGGACACGGUCAGGACGAGAGUCUAUCCGUAUACCGAAACGCGGAUGUCUUCUCCGUCCUGAGCAAGAAAGCAGAUGCCACAGAUCUGAAAGCAAUUAAUGACUAUGAUACCGCGACUGGCUCCAUUGCUUCUUCAGAGGGCGUGCUCGAUUCCGGUAUCACUCCGGCUGAGUACUGUACUUUCUUGGACUUUAAUGUUAACUCGGAGCUGGGCAAGUUCCGACUUCACAAUGGUGGUGCGCAGGAUCAGUGGCUGCUGAAUGAGAAAUGGGAGUCGCUGGCUCUUGUGCCUGCUGGUGGGAGGAAGGAGUAUUUCCUCUUUAGUUGGAGUGAUAAUGAUUUCAUCACUCAGGAUGGGUACAUGAACUUCGGAAAGUUCCCCUACAAGGAUGCCUCUGGGUAUAAUCUUGAUAAUCAGGUCUUGGCUUUCAAGGUGGAAUUUUGA